AACGUCCUGAGGGACAAAAAUCGGAGAACGAGGCGUCAGUCGAGUUGCUAAUUGUCAGUAGGCUUUGGACCAACAUUUGACACGCUUCCCGCUCUCUUGUUUUGCCAGUAAUGGCAAAAUUCUUACUCACGCCAAAGUAUUGAACUAAAAAUUAUCAUUCCUAGCUCAGUAAUUCAGGCAAUAGACGACGGCCGCACAGUUUCACAGCAUACAAAAUGGACUGUUAAUUCAAGAUUGGGAACGCCGUUACAUUUCGCGAGAUAUGGAGCAACUCUAUAACGAUCCCAAUGAAAAACACGCAUUCUCAAUAUUUCUGGAAGUUUAUAAGGUCAAUCCCGGUUCCUAGAAAUAAAAUGAAUGUCACUAUGGACGAUCAAUCGAAUGGCGAAAGUCGGUCCAGCCUCGACGUGGACCGCAAUGUUUCACUGACAGACGUCUUUCCCUUCUGCGAUCAAUUGGACAAAUUUAUCAAGUACAUUUUGAGCGUCAGAGAUCUGAAUUUUCUUACUUACGAAUACCCCAACAUUCUAAGAAAUCGGUUGGAGAGCAGCGUGAGCGAGCUGCAAAGCAUACUUGCGGAAGUUAAAGAGGCUGUGGCUAACGUGGAAAAGCUAAAGGCGCAAAGAAAAUCGGUUAGGAAAGAAAAAAUCACAGUGAAGAAGAUCUUGAAAAGAUUGCGGGAUGACGAGAUACGGGAAAUGGAAUGUACUAUAGCGCUGUACGAUAAGCCGAUGUUUUCGCGUUGGGAAAGUGUGAAGAAUAACCAGAAACCAGAAAUAUUGGAGGGAAUACUGACGGACGUAAAAGUAAACGAAAGAAAUUUCCGCCACCUCUAUAAUGAGCAUGUGAAUCGGGGGGGACAUGAGGGUCUAAAAAAACGUUCCCUUUGUCACCAGAAUAAACAGCACGCGUUGGAGAACCUGAGCGUCCUGGUAACGCGAAAACUUAACCAGACGCAAGCUUUUCACCCCCUGAGUGGUGUUAACGAGGCUGAUAAACGUCCAAAAGAGAAGACAAUUAUUCCACUUCCAUUUCCCUCCUUCUGCGCGCCGCCUCCACCCCCAUCGAGGCCUCCACCUCCGCCUCCGCCGCUGCCACCACCGCUUUCCGCACCGGGUCCUGUGGCACCAUUCGUGGCGCCACACCUGCCGAAGAGAUCGCACGCGCAACGUUUGUCGAUCCAAAGACGUCGCCGACUCGAGAGGCGGGAUGAGAAUCUGGAGAGAAGAUGCGUCGUUGCCGGGAACGUCGAGGACCUGUCCUUGGUACCCCUGACCAUCGGCGAACUACCGAGGUGCACCUUGGCUUCUAAUUUAUACCCGGCGACUCUGUUGGGAGCCGCGAGCAGUUCGAAUCACGACAUUUUAUCUCCAAUUAGCGGGCCGAGCACUGCCGCCAGAAACGAAGUACACGAAGUUACUCUGCUGAAUAAUAACGUGGACAACAACGGAGCUGGCGGGCUGAGCUUCGAGUUCCAUAACGAAAUGCGAACGGUUUUGCAAGCUCUUUUUGGAGAACUUCGAUCAGCCGCAACCCUUCCUACUUCCGAUAGUACCUUAGGCAACGCUGAGGAUGCCGAGAACGCGUCGGACGACAUGCGAGAAAUUGAAUUAUACAUCCUGAGAAAAAAUCAAUGACAAGCGGUGUUUCCGUGAAUUCUUGGAACUUGGGGAAAAUGGAAUGAGAGUAGAGAAAAUAAAUGGAAGAAGAUAUAAUGGAGAAAGGUCACGCUUGCCUGUCGUUUAAAUAAAAUAAAAAAUCAGUACUCACCGCCUC